AUGGAUGACAAAUUAUUCAUCGAAGCUUCUGUCGAUGUACAUUCACGAAAUGUAAGUUUUGAAGAAUUACGUUUAGAAAACAUCACUUCACAACAACUUCUAUUGUGGUCGAUACCCAUUUACAUAGCUGAACAAUAUCAAUUAUACAUUAAUGAGCCAACUUUGUCAUUGAACGAGUACUUCUACAAUUGUACUGAACCAUGGUUUGGUCUCAAAUGUCAAUACUCUUUUGAAUUCAAUGAAUCUAUGUUCUUCGAUAAAAUUGUUGAUAAUGCAUUUCUUACAAGGAAGUCGUACGUCGAAUCAACUGAAAUAGUUGUUCAGGUACCGUGCUAUGUUCUUCUAAAUUGUCAUCGUUAUGGACAGAUUUGGUGUCUUGAUUGGCGUGAGGUGUGCAAUGGACAUAUUGAUUGUUUCGAUGAAGGCGCUGAUGAAGAAUAUUGUUUCGAUAUGGAAAUAAACGAAUGCGAAGACAAUGAAUAUCGUUGCCAUAAUGGAUUGUGCAUUUCAGAACAACUUUGGGAAGACGGAGAAGGCGAUGUAGAUUGUCUUGAUCGAUCAGAUGAAGCAGUCAAUGUUAUAUAUUUGGACACAUGUUUUCGAGAUCCAACUUUUCAUUGUGAAGAACAUACUUGCAAUAGUAAACAAAAUCUUGAGUCGUUUCCAUGUGGAGAUGGCCGAUGUGUUGCGAAAUUUGGCGAGUGUCAUAAUGGUCGUCAUGAAUUACUGAUUAACUUCAUGACUACCAAAGGUAAUUUAACCGAUGAAUGUUGGAUUGCUAUGAUUUGUAAAACAAAACUCAGUAGACAAGCUAAUGGAACUUGGUGUGAAUCAUUGCUAAUAAGCAAUUCAAUAGACGAAUUUUUCCAGCAAUGCGGUUCUAUUAUCCAAUUCCCAACGAUCCCACUUUAUUAUGGUCAUGUUUACUUCUUCUACGAAAAGCCUCAUUCGCAAGAAGACUUAAAUCAGACUUUUGUACCAAUUUAUAUUUGCUAUGAUCAACAGCUACGUGAUUUUAUCGAACCUAUACUAACUUCUGAAAAUCUUCCUUGUACUGAUGAUCACAAGCAAGAUUGGAACUUUGAUCAAUUUCCGAAUCGCUGGGCAUACAUUACACUAUGGAUUGAAGAUUAUUUUCGUUCUUCUUUGAUCCAUCAUGCGAUCAUCAAUAGAACAACAAAUUAUACCGAUCAUUCAUCAAUGUAUCACUGUCAGAAUUCGAUUAAAAUCAUUUCAAUGCAUCGCAUCUUAGAUACAAUAGAUGAUUGUGUCGAAGGUGAUGACGAGACCUAUCAACAUAGCUGCUCACUUAAUGAUCGAUAUCGAAAGCAAUGUCCCAAUGAAGAAAAGUGCUGGUCUCCAAUAGCGACCGAUGGAAUUUGUCCACAGGACAACAUUUUCUUAUUUCAAAAAGAAGUUCCAUUUGAACAUGUAUGCGAUGGCAUGAAGACACACAUUGCUAGGGAUGAAGCUGGCGAAGAGAUUCACGAAGAGUUGGGAUGUCAAGCUGAAUGGUGUGACAACAUGUAUGCACGCUGUGAUUGGUUCUGGUCAUGUUCUGAUGGACGAGAUGAAAACAAUUGUAGUCGAACAAGAUGUUCUACAGGAACUUUUCCGUGUAUAUCGUCUAUCAACGAUUCAGUAAUUUGCUUGCCCUCGGAGAGUGUUGAGAAUGGCAUAAUUGAAUGUCUUGGAGGAGCUGACGAACAAAAACAAUGCAGAACGAGUUCUACUGUUUUCGAAAAGCCUAUGCGGUUCCGAUGUAGAAAUGAUGACACAUGCCUGGUAUUAUCUCAAUUAUGUAAUGGCAAAGAUGAUUGUAGUAACAGACACGAUGAAAAAAUGUGCAGUACGCCACCAGUUGCAUGUAACAAACGUUCAGCACACAACUAUAGUGAAAUUGCAGAGCUUCUGUGUAGAACAAAUGAAGGUGAAAAUCGCAGAUCUCUUUAUUUUUCCGUGCAUACUUCACCCAAUUAUCCUACAUUAGAAAAAGCUGACGUCAACGAGAUCACCCGAUGGCCAGUAAGCCAGUCUCCAACUACGAAUGAUGAUAUACCUUCUAUUGAGAAUAACGUAUGGCCAUGGUAUUGCCAUCGUGGAGUCGUUAUUCAUAUUUGGAAUAAAAAUAGUAGCUAUAAUAAGGCAUGCGUGUGUCCACCUAGUUACUAUGGGAAUCUAUGUCAAUACCAAAAUCAACGAAUUAGUAUAACAUUACGAAUGACAGCAAUGAAUAAACUAGCUACGUAUGUUGUUGUUAUUAUGUUAAUCGAUGACGAUGAUGAACGCCAAGAGAUUGAUGUAUAUGAUCAGUUCAUAUACAUACCAAUACAAAGCUGUAGUAUAAGAUACAAUCGAUAUUUGUUAUUUGCAACACGUCCAAAAACCUUAUCGAAGAAAUACAGUAUACGUAUCGAUGUAUUCGAACAAAACAAAUUAACAUAUAUUGGAAGUUGGCAUUUCUCUAUUGAUUUCCUAUUUUUGCCUGUUAAUCGACUAGCUGUUCAAUUGGAUAUAUUAAAUUAUAUGAUUCAGACAUCGUCAAAUUGUAAGAUGAUUUGUCAGCAUGGUUCAUGUGUAAAAUAUUUCAAUAAAGAAAAAUAUUUUUGUCGAUGUUUUGCUGGAUGGUCAGGUAUUUACUGUAACAUAUCGAUUAAAUGCCAAUCAUGCUUCUCUGAUUCGAUCUGUAUCGGAUCAACAAAAAAUCAACCAAUAUGCGUAUGUCCAACAGAUAAGUUUGGUCCCCGAUGUCUACUUCAGUCAACGUGUCCAGUGAAUGCUUGUCAAAACAAUGGCAAGUGUAUACCAGCUGAUGUAACUAUACCUGGAAGUGAAUAUACUUGUCUUUGUUCGGAUGAAUUUUUCGGCAAGAAAUGUCAAUUUUUUAAAGCAAAAAUCGACGUUUCUUUGAAUAACAUUAAUGUUCCAUCAUAUGUCGUGGCUUACUUUUUCACUCUGUCUAAUCAAUCUCAUCCGAUAAGCACAAUUAUUCUUCGAAAAUUGACUCUCUUUCAGUACAUUGUUACAUUCAAAAUUUCGGCACCAUUUCAUAUAAUGAUUAUUCAAUCGAAUAACAAAUAUUAUCUUGCCGCACUACAACAAACUCCAAAGUUACAUAUUUCAACAUCGAUUAAUCCUAAACAAGAAUGUAUUUCUAGUGAAUUACUGUUUAAUUCUACAAUAUUAGAGAAAUAUAAAUAUGUACCAAUGAGCUCUUACUACAAGCUUUGUGGAGAUCGUCACGAUUUGACUUGUUUUGUUCAUGAAGUAUUUUUAUGUCUAUGCACAAAAGAUCAUCAUGCUAAUUGUUUAAAAUUUAGUCGCUAUAAAAAUUUUCAAUGUCCAAUGAAAAAUUAUUGUCAAAAUGAAGCCGAAUGUUUACAAGAUCAUCCAACUUGUCCAUCUACGAGAAUUUGUCUAUGUCCUAACUGCUUCUUCGGCCCUCAAUGUCAAUUCUAUGCGAAGGGUCUUGGUUCUACAUUAGAUGAAAUAUUGGGUUAUGAAUUUAGAAAAAACCUAAGUCUAUCUAAACAACCUAUCACAGUAAAAGUGAGUUUAAUACUCACGAUGGUAAUAUUUUUAAUAGGUAUUGUCAAUUGUAUUUUAUCGAUAAUUACUUUUUCAAGAGAAAAAACACGCCAAGUAGGUUGUGGAACGUAUUUAUUGGCAUCAUCCAUCGCAUCCUUAACAAUUAUGAUCUUAUUUAUACUUAAGUUUUGGUUUCUUUUUCUCUCUCAUCAGAAUCUUCUUAGUAAAAAUACUCAACAAUUUAUCAACAAUGCUAAUUGCAUGUUUAUUGAACCAUGCCUAAAAAUAACGUCUUACUUAAACAACUGGUUUAAUGCCUUUGUCGCAAUAGAAAGAACAAUGUCUAUAUAUCAAGGAGUUUAUUUCAACAGAAGUAAAAGCAAAAACAUUUCCAGAAUUGCAGUCAUAUUGUUACCUAUUAUCAUGGGAUGUCUUUUCGUUCCGCAACUAGUUAAUCUUCAUGUAUUUGAAGACAAAAAUGAAGAACGCAGCUGGUGUGUUGUCAAUUAUUUCCCAUGGCUACAAGCGUAUAGUUACACUUUAAUUUUUUUACAUUAUUUUGCACCAUUAUCUAUCAAUUUAUGGUCAACUAUACUCAUCGUGAUAGAAAGUACUCGUCAACGAGUGCGUAGUAAAAGAGAUAAGGACUUUUGGAAACAUUUUAAAAUCAAAUUUAAACAAUACAAACAUCUCAUAAUUAGUCCUAUUAUUAUUGUAGGCUUAACAUUACCUCAUUUAAUUAUUUCAAUUAUAUUAGAUUGCAACAAAUCAUCUAGCCUACUUUGGUUCUAUCUUAUCGGUUACUUUCUUUCGUUCAUUCCAGCAGCAUUUGUUUUCAUAAUUUUCAUUCUACCAUCACAAGUUUAUACCAAUGAAUUAAAACAAAUAAUAUUCCAUUUGCAAGGACGUUAUAGUUGUAUAAAAUGUAUUACUUCUAGACUGUAA